AUGGCUAGUGAGGAAGAAGUAAACAUUGAGGAUGAAAUUAUUGAGGAAUCAUAAGUAGAAGACAAUCCAAAAAAGAAGAAGGACAAGAAAGAUAAGAAAAUAACUAUGAAGCUAGACUAGAAAAAGCCAAUUGAUGGUAAAUAACAAUUUGGUGACAAAUCUAUAUGUCGAUUAUGCAAAGUGACUACUCAAUCCACUCCAACUAUAAUCUGUAUAAGGUGUCACUUUAAAUACCACAAGGAAUGCAUACGAACUUAAAACAAAGAGCCAUAAUUCCAGGAAGGUACUAAAUGGUACUGUCUCUCAUGUAUAGAGAGAAUGGCCAAGAGAAAAUUGAAAGAGUCGGAACCAUAGAAAAAGAAGAAAACUAGUCAAAUCCCUGAAUUCUUUUAGAAAACCUUAUAACCACAAGAAGAUAAAUUGAAAAAACACACAGAAUUUCAAUAAAAAUAUCCAACCUAUGUCUAAUAAGGAAGAGUAAUUUUUCCAAUAUUUGAUGAAUAUCUGACAGCAUAUCAAUAAUUGUUUACCAUAGAAAUUAAAAAGAAGCCUAUUCUCCAACUUGAUCCAACAAUUCCCCAGAACCUCUUUGAAGAUAUUCUUAAGAUAUGGGAUAGUUAUAAUUAUAUGGAUAAAAUUGUUAGUGACAUUCUCUAUGCAGGAGAACAGUAAACUGAAUGUAUUACUAUACAUAAUAUAAAAAGAGUAAAGUUAAGUUAAUAACAUUGGUACAUUGAUUCAUUUCAAAGACAAUCACACACCUUAUAGUUAAAAAACUCGCUUAGAGAUAUAUAAUAUAAUAUAAACCAAACCUGAAGAAUUGAUCUUAUUCUUCUGCUAUUUCUAUCUCAAAUAAAUAAUUGAGGAUUUAGAUUAAGAAUAAAUGUAAAAAUAAUAAUAUGUAUGUAUAAUUCAUAUCAAAAUAUUUCUAGAAAAUCCCAUAUUGGCAUUUACUUGGAUACAUGUGGUUUACAAAUAGAAUCCGAUAUUAUGAAUUAUUAAGAGAUGACAUUAAAUAAUUGUCAACCAAUAUCUAUAAAUAAGGAAUUCUACCUUUGACAUAAGAUAUGAUAGACUUUUCUGAUUACACAGACAUCAAGAAAGUGUGUAAAUUACUUAUAGCCCUAUCAGAUGGAUUGACUGGUCUAAAGAAAACUCAAUUUUUAUAUCAAUUCAGAACUGAAAAUCUCUUAUCCAAUAAUAGAAUCAAACAAUAAUUAGGCACACAGAUCAAAUAAUAAAGAAGUCAAUAAAUUGACAUUAAAAAAGAGAUAAUUGAAGCUGAAGGCAAUAUAUCAAUUGCAAAAGUAUAAUUUCUUAUAAUUUAAUUUAGUCUCAAUUAAAAUAAGAUGGGCUAACAAGAGUUGAAUCAUAAAAAUUUACAAAAUAAAUGGAAUAAGCUUAAAAAUAGGCACAAAAAUUAAAAUAAUAAUAUUCAAAAUUAGAAAAAGAAAUAGCAUCUUUAACCGAAAGAUAUAAUUAAUAAGAUAAAGUAAUUAUAUAUUAAUAUUAUUAUUAGGAAUUGGCUAUUACUUAAAUGCCAGCUUUAUUAUUAAAUCCAUCUAUGUGUUUAGGUUAGGAUGCUAAACACAGUUCAUAUUACUUCUUUUUAUAUGAACCUGAUAAAAUAUUUGUAUGUAUGAGACAUUCAAUUAUUGAUGAUGAUGGAUCAUAAUAAUGGGGAUUUUAUGAUUAGACUGAAAUCUAAAAUCUACUCAAUUCUUUAUGUCCAAAAGGUGUUAGAGAAAACACUUUAAAAAAUAAUAUUAUUGAAUUAUAAAGAGCUAAAUUGUUAUAAAUAAAUGAGUAAAAUUAAGAAUAGAAUAAUGAUUAAAUAGAAUAAGAGAAUAAUAAAAAUGGUAAAAGUGUAGAAAAUGAUAUUGAAUAAGAGGUUCAUAAUUAAAGUGAGGAAUAAAUAGAAAGAAUAAAUAGUUUAAUAAAUUUAGAUGUAGAUGAACUUGUUAAUGAAUUUGUUGAAAUUGAAUCAAGUUUAACAUAAUAUUUAAAUUAAAAAAAUUCAAGAUGGUGUAGUACUGAAUAAAGAAUUGCAUUUUUAAAGAGUUUUUAAAAUGUUAUUGAAAAAAAGAGUUCAUAAGAAUAUGAUGAAAUAGAUCUCAAACCUUUAGGGAAAGCUAUUGAAUAUUUUGUAGAUAAUACAAUGAUGCAAGAGAAAUUAGAACUUAGAUUAGAUGAAGAUAUAGAUGAGAAAUUAUUAAAUGAAAAUGAAGAUGAUUCUUAUUAAUAACCUAAUAGAAGAAGAAAAGUUGUUGAAGAUGAUUCAUCUGUUGAUGAAUAACCUUAAACUAUGUUACAAUAAUUAGAAUAAAUGGAUAUUGGAAAAGUAAGAGUAAGAAAAUUACCAAUGAAAUUAUUUGGUACUUAUUAUGAGACUUUACGAUUGAAUUUAAUUGAACAACUCAAAUUUGAUUGUAAUUUAGCAAAAAUGAAAAUUUGCUUAGAAGUAUUAGGUCAAAUUGUUAAGGAUUAUAUUGACAGAAAAAAGAUUUAAAUUCAAUAAUAAAUUAUACCUGUUGGAGAAAAGAAAAAGGUGGAAGAAGUAGUUGUUGUUGUUAAAAAGAAUGUUGAACCUCAACCUUAAUUUGUUUAAGAAGCAUAAUUGUAUGUUACUCAAAAUUUGAGGAAAAGAAACUAAGUAAAACCUUAAUAUACUGAGACAGAAACUAAAUGGGAGGACAGAUGUAAGAAAUGUAAUAAAGGAGGAAAAGUUAUUUGUUGUGAUACUUGUCCAAAAGUAUUUCAUCCAAAAUGUAUAAAUUUAAAGGAGGUUCCAUAAGGGAAGUGGAACUGUCUUAAUUGCUUAACAAAUUUUGAGAGAUAAAUUAAAACAAGAGCUACUAUUAGAAAGUUAGAAAACCAAUGA